UCGGGAACGGACCAAAGGGGCAUCUUUGUUGCAUAUUUCAUCAGCCCACUAAGUGGCCGGGUGCGUGGCCCGUGUGUGUGUGUUGUGCAUUGGCGUCGUCUUGGUUCAGCAACGAGCGCCAAGGAUCCAGGGUACCUUGGUCGUUGUUCGCUCGCGGUUCGUGGCCCGCUAUUUACGGUCGUGAAUUAUAUCAUCGUACACAGUGCGCCCUGCCUCCCCGCAGUCACCGGGUGUGUGUGUGUGUGUGUGUGUGUGUGUGUGUGUGUGUGUGUGUGAAGUCGGGUAAUAAUAUUUGCAUGGUAAAACGGUGCCCAUUUGUCGUCUCGGAACAGCACAGCCCACAACAUCGUUUGGUGGACGGUUGUUGCUUGUGAAUAACAUUUUGCGCGGUGCCUUUGCAAGAGCGAACUUGCGACGUGAACGAUGAAGGCUGUGCAUUUGUUGGGCAUUUUGGCGAUGGUAAGCGUCGGUAGGGCGUCACUGCUUAUACCCGACCGCUUUAACAUGACCGGUGACGAGAUGGAUCGAACGAACGAACCAGUACACCAGUCAGCCGGUGGCCCUGUGUGGCAGGACACGGAACACGGGAAGGUCCUGUCGAGAAGGAAACGGUUCAUCGUAUUUCCGGAAGGUUCCAGCUUUUCGGUGGCCGUCUGCAUGACGAUCGGUUUGUACGGCAACCCGAACUAUCAGUUUGUUAGCUGGGCCCUUAACUGGGGCAUCGCGUACAAUUUGCCGAACCAGACGCUCAGCUUCCAGAAGGAGAUGACCGAACCGAAGCCGAUGGUGCAGCGGCGCUUCCGGCGCGAUCUCUACCAGAAGCUCGAGGUGAUCAUGGACAGCAUGGGGUACGAUGGGCGCGACUGCAUACUGCGGGCGCUGUGCGAAAGCUCGCAGUACUUCGGUGGCAAGGGCCAGAACAUGGUAGCGGAGAUGUUGCGCACCCUGUUCAGCUACCCGAAGCAGAAGGUGCUAUCGUUCGAGCACGCCGACCACCGGCUGUACGAUGAGGCACACCGCAAGGGGCGCAACAUGGCACCGUGCCAAUCGCUGUACGGAAACUGCCAGUUUUCGUUGCUCGAGCUGGCGCUGGGGAAGUAUUCUACCCCGAGAAAUUCCCAAUGCCAACGAAGCAACAUGAUGCGCAAUGUUACAUGCGGCGUUGCUAAGAAACGGCAACGAAUAAAGCUGCCGAGCGCGGUAUUGCUUUGGGGUUUGUUUGCGCUGCUGCCGUGCCUUAGCUCAUCCACUGCCGGUGUGUACGGUGGUGCAGAUGAUGGUGGUGGUACUGCUGCAGCAGCAGCAAUAGCGCAGGAUGCAUCCGCCCCGCAAAGGAUACUUUCGCGCAAGAGACGCUUCCUGACGUUUCCCGAAGGAAGUUCCUUUCAAGUAGUGUACGAUCAGACCAUACCGAUGAUCGGCGUCGAGCGGCUGUUCACGAUCGGCAUUACGGUCGCGCUGGCGUACGAGCUGCCGAGCAUCACCUUCAACCAGAUCGAGGAGAUGCUGCGCGAAAAUGGGGCCUACGAUAAGCUGGACCUCAACGCGAACAACACCAUCCUGGACGAUGGCAGCAAACCGUCCAGCACACCGGCGCGCAAGAACAUCUUCGACUACUACUACCAAACACCGGGACGACCGGCAGGGAACGUGCCCGGCCGUAUCAAUUACUACACCGCACCGGACCGACGUUACGAUACGCUCGAUCGAUACGGGCAGCGUCUUCCGUCGUGGGAUCGGUUCGUGUCGAACCGCUUGCCCCAUCCACCGUACGCCGAUUCGGCCGGGAACGAUUUUGGCAGCAUUGUGAACAGAUACCUUCAAGGUUGGAUACGCCGUCAUCCGCCCAACUAUCCGAUGGCCAAAAAGCGCUUCUAUCCGGUGUUUGGUAAGCGAAGCAUCCGCGAAGACACGGCCCCCCUCGAUCGUCACUUUCUCAACCAUCAUCGGACAACGCGCCACACGCUGUACGAGCAGAUUGAGCAGUUUCUUACGGCCAAGGGUAAACACGGACACCAUUGCGUGCUGCGGGCGCUCUGCGAAAGCGGCCAGCGUAAAGAUGACACCGAGCCGGACACAUUUUUAAAGGAAAUUCUUCGCGCCAUAUUCAGCCUGCCCGCCACCCAUGAACCUCCGGCACAACACAAGCACCGGCUGUACGAUGAAGCUCACGCCCAUGCCGGAAACUGCUCCGAAACCUAUUCCUACUGCGAGGACAGCUUUUGGUCGUCGAAUUUUGUGUUCUAACCGUGUGCUGCACCUGCCAGUACUUUGCUAAUGGGCGUGUAAUUUACGUGUAAUUUGUACACUGGUAACACACAUCAACUACUCAAACGAUUGGACGACGCUGAAGUGGGAAGCGGUGUUCACCGGCAAAUGUAACGAUAGACUUAUUCCACAAACGAUGCCAGCAACGCGAAGCAAAUGGAACCAAACGUUCGACACGGCACAGGCUGGGAGCAUUCGUAUAGAAGCGAUGAUAUUAUUUGCAAAAACCGGAUCGUUCGACCGGAUCGUUCUAUACCGUUGGGCUCUCUUAAUGUUAAAUUAAGUUAAAACAACACACAUGUUAAAACAAACCCGCCACUACGAAAUGUAAGCUGAUCGCUAUGGUUAUUACGUGUAGCAUGAUAAAUGUCGCAGCCAAUGAAUAGUUAGAUAAUAAUUGCACUUAUUGUGUACUACGUCAAACGAUUCAUAUCACACUUAACCACUAAACAUGGUCUUUAUCAACAACAGAAGAGAUAGGAAAAGUCUUUUAAUGAACGGUUUGACAGUUUAUUUCGUAUUUGGACCAACAUCCAUCUCAUUUAGCUGAAUAUCUCGCUGUAGGUAUAAUUUGGAAGC